CAAUGACCACUGAUUGACAUCAAUUUACUUCUUUUAUCGAAUGGUACUUUAAUUGUUCUCUUUCUUCCACCGAGGGUUGAGGAAAAGAAUGUGAAGGUUGGUUGGUUAUACAGAUUACAGAUUGGCAGGGGACGGAGAAACGAACUGGAAUGGAAUGUUGCCCCUCCCUCCACCAUCAACCAACCACGCCCAUUGUAACCUUACUUUUUUCUGUGGGCUCGGUUUGGCUGCCAAUUUUCAAGUUAGCGCUCUUCCUCCUGCUUCCCUUUCUCUCUUUUCAUCUCCUCCCCUGUUCCAACUCUCUCUCUCUCUCUCUCUCUCUCUCUCUCUGUAUCCGGCUCUGGGCCGCCGUCCCAAUGGUCUACAUUGUGGUUGUCCGAUUGAGUAAGGGCUGAUGUAAACGCGGGUUGCUUUCGUCUGAUUGGAAACGGAAACCUCAGAAAACAAAAGGAAGAGAAGGAUUUUUAUUUCGAUUUCGAUUUAGGGAUACAAAGAUAGAUAGAUAGACAGACAGAUAAUAAUGGCGUAUAGGAGAAGGCAGGGGAUCACGAAAUCGUCCACGUUCGAAGAAGAGCCACACCACCGGCCUUCCCUGUCCGAAUCACAAGGCUUACUGGAGUAUGCCGCGGCAACGGUGACAGCCACCGCAAAGCCCAAGCUGACGCCUUCCCAUACCUUCAAUUCCUCUUCCACACUCGCCGCGGAUGCUAUCAGAGCCUCCACCUCCCAUCGCAGCCAAUUCGGCUCUCACUCUCCCAUUCGAUCGAACAAGAUCUUCGAUGCGUAUGAAGAUAGAUCGCCCAUGAGCGGUUCCAAAGGUUUCUGGGGCGUUCUUGCUCGCAAAGCCAAACCCAUUAUGGAGGACGAAGAAGAACAAGACGCCAACAAUAACAACAAGGACGAUACCAUUUUUGGUGCAUCUCCACGGCCUGUUUCACCAGCAGCCACGUCCAGGUUCCAGAUGUCGCCUUCUGAUACCUCCACCCCUGCUGCUGCUGGUAUCCAUCAAUUGCAUUCCACGUCUGAUGGGCUUGAGAGGAAGAUAGACAAUCCUGCAAUCAAGAACCGCCUCGAUAAGAUUAAAACCUCCCUCAAUCACAUUGGCGACACCUUUGACAAGGCUUUUGAGGAGGGUCGGACCAUGGUGGAAAAUAAGACUGCUGACAUCAUCCAAGAAACCCGCAAACUGCAAGCUAGGCGUAAAGGAGGAGCUGGUCCUCACCAAAAUCAACAACAAAAUCCUUCAUCUCAGCCAGAGAAACACAUGAACCCUGAAACUCAACUCAAGGCAUCUCGCGAUGUGGCGAUGGCAACUGCUGCAAAAGCAAAACUGCUUCUCCGGGAGCUGAAAACUGUGAAGGCUGACCUUGCCUUUGCAAAACAGAGAUGUUCUCAGCUAGAAGAAGAGAACAAGAUCCUCAGAGACAGCCGGGAGAAGGGUGGAAACCCAGCCGAUGACGACCUGAUUCGGCUCCAACUGGAGACACUAUUGGCAGAGAAGGCUCGACUAGCAAAUGAGAAUGCAUUUUAUGCUCGAGAGAACUGUUAUUUGAGGGAAAUUGUGGAAUAUCACCAACUGACGAUGCAGGAUGUGGUUUACUUGGACGAAAGCGGUGAAGAGGUUUCGGAAGUUGACCCCAUCUCCAAUUUGAUGACUAUGUCUCCCCCGCUGACUCCUCCCUCACCUUCUGCAUCGGGGAUGAUCCCUACUGCAACCGAGAGCUUCGAGGAAGCCUUCCCAGUGAUAGAUGAUGAUGUAGCACGGAUCCCAGACACCCCUGCUACUGGGAAGAAAGGUACCAAAAGCGACAAGGAAGAUGCAGAGGGUAUUACUGCACUAGUAAUCCAGGAGGAACAAACUCCAAAAGUGAUGUCACUUUCGACAACUUAGAAGUCGCCUGCUCCUCGUCAGGUUGCGUUGUGUUGCUUUCUCCUGUGAGAGUUGUCUGUUGUGAAUAGGAUUAGUGUGCUACGUCUGUACUUAUUCAUAGUUGUUUGUCUGGGUCUCCCGUUCUUCUACCAUGGUGGUCCGCGGGAAAAGGUUUUGGCCGGAGAAGCAUUUUUCCUUAUUCUUCUUCUCAUAUACGGACACUGGAGAAAUCAUUCUUUAUUUUUGGUGCAUGAAACAUUGUAAUUGUCGAAGUGGCUGUUACCCACUGAUACUGAAGGGUGUUGUCGACAUACUUCCUGAGCUCUUCCUAAGCUGUUUGCCCCCGGACACACAGGGACACAGUAAGGUUUGGUCUGUACUUUGUUAUUUGCCAAUCAGUAACCACGAGUUAGUAGGCAUCACGAAGGGAAGCAGCACCAUCGGUCAAAAUUGUAGUUCAAAGCAAAAAAGUAUGAAGACAUUUUUUUAUUUCCAUAUGAAAUGCGUACGCUUUUUGAUACAAUUUUCUGUGCACUGUAUCAAUUUUUGGCGUUCAGUGCUCAGCUCCCCCAGCGUCCGGAUUUGUUGCCUGGCAUCAUCAGUGAGAAACUCCCUUCUUCCAACAGGCUUCCCGUAUGCCCAAACUCAUCCCUUCACCUUCAGUCUCAAAAUCCGCAAUCGCAUGUCGUUUCCCAUUAUCUCACCACUCCAGUUUGAUUCUCCAAGUUCCUCACAGCUGCUCCCACACCCCACCGCUGUGACCAUUACUUUCUCUAUCCCCCGUCCUCUCACGACUCAUCGCAUAACCUGCAAUCGUGCGGUCACCGCUUCAGUCCUCUCCCUUUCACCUCUCUGGUUUGUUGCUGGGACCUCUACCCACCCAUUCCAACACGCCAGCUCCCAUGAUUUUUCCGCAGUGGCCCUUACUCGUUGAGGUAAGACCUCUCUUCUCUCCUCUCCUCUCCAUCGAUCUUUCUUUUUUUCAUAUAUUGGAGAUGCAGCUACAGGUUACAACGAAGGAAGCAUGUUGAUCUCCUAAAGCACUAAGGAUUUCCAUACGACAACGUUUCCCUCAGAAGCAACCGAGGAGCUGAGUAGAGUGUUGUCGUUUUGAUUGUGUAUUGGAGGUUUCCGUUUUUACUGUAUACAUCACAGCUGUCUUUGUUUCAUUGGUAGAUAGUUUUGGUUCAUUUAUUACCGUUACCUUGAGGUAACUUUGUACAACAGAGUCUCCUUCUUGGAGAAGUAGAUGGAAUGAAUAAAAGGCCUUGAGCCACCACAAGAUCCCUUUGCGGGUUCUUUCACAAUACCUCUGUUGUUUUCUCAUAUGGUAUCAGAGCCUGGUUCCCAGAACUAGGGUUUUGUUUUCCGCCAUACCCGCAUUCUUCCUUCUACCAACUUUCCUUUCCUUUCUUCUCUUCAUCGGCCAUGGCGACUGAAGCAAGUACAAAUUCCAGCUCCAGUUCCACCAUUGCCACCACUACUCCUCUUACCACAGUCACCAAACCCUUUACAUAAACCCUAAUGAAGCCUUGAGCUUCCCAAUCAAGCUCACAGGUACUGCAAACUACAACCUGUGGAGCAGAACCGUUCGAGUUGCCCUGAAGAGCAAGAACAAGCUGGGUUUCAUCACUGGGCCUAUUCCUGUUCCAUAUCCAACAGAUGCAAGUUAUCAAGCCUGGGAACAAAGCAAUACAGCUGUUUACUUCCUGAUUCUAGGGUCCCUUGACCCAAGCCUGGUAAAUAGUCUCUUCUAAAAAAUGCCAAACUUCUUUGGGAUGAUUUAAGACAGCGUUAUGGUCAAACUGAUAACAUCAGAAUCAGUGACCUCCAGACAGCUGUGUAUACCCUAAAACAAGGUAACAAGUCUGUAAACCAAUUCUACUAUGAGUUGAAGAGUUUCUGGGAAGAAUUAGUUCAAUUUCUGCCAAUCCCUAGUUGUGAAUGUGGAGGAGAACAUAGGGAUAGAAAUAUACCUUGUGUUACUAA